CCAAAUCUCUGGCUAAUUACGAUUGAAUUAACCAUAAGAUUUAUAUUGAGCUUCCUUUGGAGAACAGUAGCAGCAAUGGCAAAAGCUUUUGCUCUUUUUAUCUUUGUAGUAGCGACUCUCGUCAAUCAGAACUCUGCAAAUGGUGUAAAGAUUCAAGGUUGUGGUGGACGGGUUUUCGUUGAUGAAGCAGUCGUGAUUGAUGCUCCAUUGCGUGCAGAUUGCGUAUGGGAGUUUGAAACGCAAGAAGAUCGCAUCCUAGUUGUUACUGCCGUCAACGGAAACUUAAACGAAGUCGAAGAGUAUUUCAGCAUUCAUGAUGGAAUCGAUAGCGCUUCUCCUAUUCUCCUCGUGCAAAAUCAGAAGAUUCACGAAGUUUCACGAAAAGAUUUGCCUCAGUCCGUGUACACGACUGUACCCGAAGCUAGCAUCCGAUUUAAAAAGACACCUACUUCAAAUUUGGAACUCAAAAUACAGAAGGCUGUUUCCUGCCCGUUCAAUCUGGGGCUAGAUAGUCAAUGUGGUCGGAUCGUUGACGCGUCUUCGUGUUAUUGUGCUACGUUCACCAACAGAGUGCAAGCAGAUCAAACAAUGUAUUGUGUUGACAACAAUAUGAAACUGAUAUCUUUCGAAAAUGCAACAGAAGAGCAAAUAGUUCAAUCAACCUGGGGAACUCAGGUGGAAUAUUGGACUUCCUUGACCGAUACCCGGCGUGAUGGUGCUUGGAUCUGGGAGAGCACGAUGACCUUUGCUGUUUAUACGAAUUGGUAUCCUGGAAAACCAAGCACUGCGGCUGGUAACAACGAUGAUUGUAUGGUCUACGGUGGUACUAGAUUCUUGACAUUUUGGGGUGAUACCACUUGUGGAACCAUGGCUCAUGCUAUCUGCGAAGCGCAACCAUAAUGCGCAGCCAAAACAAACAUGUAAAUUUAG